GGAGCCAUGGCGCUUUCGGAGGCUUUGAGGCGGGCGCAGCUCAUGGAGGUGCUGAAGAAGGAGGUGAGGGCCAUGCUGAUCGCUGCCAAGGCGGGCCUGACGCCGGAGCAGCUGGAGGAGCAGUACAUGGCCAUGGUCUGCAAGCCUCUCCCUCUGCACGACCUGGGCUUCCAGUCCACCUUGGAGCUGGUGACACAAAUGCCUGAAGUUGUCCAAAUCUGCUCUUCCAAGAACGGCGCUGUAAUCCUCAAAGCCAUUGCAGAUGAUUCCACCAAAGGGAUUGCCAAGCUGGUUGCCAACCAGAAAGUAAAGACGCGCAAGGCAUCAAAGAAAACCGCUGCGAAGGCAAAUGCUACUUUUUUCACUAAGAACUCUAAGAACCCACAGAGUUUCCAGGCUCUGAGUGCUGGGACUCCUGUCCUGCCAGCAGGGGUGAGGGCUGAGCUGCAGGACCUGCUGAGCUCCUCACCGCUUCUGCUGGCAGACCUGGACAAGGCCUUCCUCAGGCGCUUUGGCCGCGCGUUCCAGUACCGGCAGUACGGCUUUUUGUCCGUGUUUGAGGUCCUCAGGAGCAUGUCUGAUUCCAUUGUCGUUGAGCAAACAAAGGCAGGUUCCUUGCUGGUCCUCAGGAAGUACCUGGCAAGCAAGAUAGAACAGCAAGACGUGCCUCAAGGUGAGGCUGAGGAAGAAGAGAUGCCUCAGAGUGAAGCUGAGGAGGAGGAGGAGGAGCCUCAAACUGAGGUUCAGGAAGAACAGAUGCCUCAAACUGAGGUUCAGGAAGAACAGAUGCCUCAAACUGAGGUUCAGGAAGAACAGAUGCCUCAAACUGAGGUUCAGGAAGAAAAGAUGCCUCAAGGUGAGGCUCAGGAAGAAGAGAUGCUGCAAGCAGCAUCUGCAGCUGAGAUGCCUUCUUUGGAACCCACCUGUGAGACAAAGAGCUUCUGCCAGGCAGCAGCUCUGAUGGAUUCAGAGGCAGUGCAAACACAAGCAGGAGAUUUGGGUGAUCACCUCAAGCAGCAUCAAGGUUUUGAGCAGUUUCCACCGACUCCAGAAAUCCCUCCAGACGCUGUUCAGGACAGAAGCCUUUGCAGUUUGCCCCCUCUGAAGAGAAGGUGCUUGGUGGGAGUCAUUGUGGAAUUCGUCGUCUCUCCUAGCCAGUUCUACAUCCACGUCUGCAGCACGGAAGCAUCCUAUAAACUGCAGGAUCUGAUGUUUGAGAUGAGACACGUUUACUCACAUAAAGUUGCUUCUGAUAAAUACAUCAUGCCUGAGUCUGCAGUGCGGCCCGGGCAGCUCUGCUGUGUCAUGGUCUCCAAGUGGUGGUACCGUGUGAUCAUCCACCGUGUCAUCAAUGACCAGGAGGUAGAGGUCUUCUAUGCAGACUAUGGACACCUCCAGAUUGUCCAGAAGUCUUGGCUGAGAUUCCUCAAGUGGCACUACUUGAAGCUCCCUGCUCAGGCCAUCCCAUGUUCCUUAGCAUGGGUAAAACCCGUGGAGGGUACGUGGUCCAGCGCAGCAAUUCUCCUGUUCAAGCAUCUCUGUCGCUUCAAGGAGCUCGUGGGCAUCGUGGAUGAAUACGUGGAUGGAGUUCUGUACCUCUUCCUGUGUGACACAUCCACCAAGGAGGAUGUCUACUUCCACUCUGUCCUGAGGGAUAUGGGAUAUGCUGAUGUCUGUGGGGAGAACAUCCCUUCCCAGGAAUUUGAGGAACUGAAUCCUUCAGCCUUGUAUGUUCAGCCCAGUGGGAAGCAGGGGAAUGUUGAAGUGGUGGAACCAGACCUUCACUUGCAGCAGGAAUCUCGGGAUGCAGACAGUGAAACAGCAACCUUGAAGCUGAAUGGGGCUGAGCUGUGACCAGAUGAAGAAAACAUGAAGACCAACACCUUCCCAGCAGUCUCAUGGUUGGCCUCUGCCAUGCUCUGGGCUCUGUGACCCUGGGCCACCUCAGGAACUGUGUGUCCCUCCUGCCCUGCUCUCUGCAGUGUUGGCAGCUGCAUGACUGGCCACUUCCCAUGCCUGCUUCCAGUGGCUGCCCAGCCUGAGAAGGAAAGUGAGAUAGGAGGGGAGAAGCUGGAGCUGCUGCCAAGGAAGGCUGUCUGGAGCAGCACAGACUCUCUGUAUAGACCCUGUUAUUGGGGUUUUUUUGUUCAGAAAUGUUUAAUCCCUUGAAAAAACCUGGAGUGUGAUGUCUCAGGUGUGCCCAGCAUGGGUGAUAAAUGUUGGUUUUGCUUUCAGGAGAGUAGUUUGUUUUUGUUGUACCGGUGGUGUACUGAGUUACUGCUCUUUAAUAUAAUGGUUCAGGAGAACAUCCAAGUGUCACAUUGUGUUAUGUAUCCUUUAAGUUUGAGAGGGAAAUUGGCUGCCCGGCCCUCCUUCCUUCAGUGCAUGAGCUGUUUGGACAUUGUGUGGGGAUGUGAUUUGAUUUUUAAUAUAGUGGCUCUACACUCUCCUUGCUCUGAGGAAAGCUGAAGAAACCUCCCUCCCCAAAAAGAAGAUGCUGUGAUUUGUUGGAUGUCAUGUGUACAAAGUGUCAGGAAUCUCAUCUUAAAGAUAUGGAAUAAAAUCUGUAAGGAAUCCA